AUGGCCACCGCGAGGGGGCAGAUGGUGUCGGAUCUUGUAGAACACUCCACAGAGGUGCAUAUGAGCCUAUCCUCCCUGGGUGGCAGACGCGACAUACUCACACCAGCAUACCGGCUGCACUGUGCGCUGAACAGUGACUACGCCAUUAUUUUUGGUGUUGCAAAUUGUGCGGAAUCGUUUAGUGACCUGUACGCCCUCCCAGUGACUGAGUUGAUAAGGUCAUUUCGGGUGGUGUUGCAACGCGUAGAGGUGCAUCCGCCGCCUUUGCUGGUGUUACGGAGUUUCCCCACUUCUCUGGUGGCACCAGAACCAGCAUCGUUAUCGCCAUCGUCACCCAUCGCUUGCGAAUCUGCUUCUCUCCAGUGA